UUUAAUUUCCGCGAUUAGUAAAGAGGUAUUGACUACAGUCUUUCAUAGAUGAGGCCAUGUAAGCAUAGGUUAACAUCAUGGUGUUGGGUUAUAAGUACUUGCUGUUUGUUGGUAAAAUUCUUCUAGAAAUUGGCUUGGUACCGAAUGCAGCAGCGAAUCCAGUGUUUGUAAACACGGGGAAAACUACAUAUACCGGCUAUUUUACGGCAGUGGAUUUUGAAACAGCAGUAAAAAAAUGUCAAGAUUACAAAGGAAGUCUUCUGUUUCCACGAGCCUUGCAAGAUAUCGUCAACAAUUUUGUGUAUCUACAGUCCAUGCCUUCCGAAAGUUGGAUUGGUGCAACCGACAAGGAUAUUGAGGGAGACUGGAGAAACAAUGGAUCUCGUUUUACGUUCUCUUUCUGGGAUUUUGGAGAACCAGAUUCCACGUCAGAUGAAUUAGAUUGUGCCUACUAUAGUAAAUUGAAAAAUUAUAGAUGGUCGUCUGCCGAUUGCGAAACUACAAAACCAUUUGUUUGCGAAGGCGGUGAAAAUCCAAAUAUUGCAAUAACCGAAAGUAGCCAGGCUUCAACUCUCCACGUCCACACAACAAAACAUGAACUCAAACAGACCACCAAAUCUUCAGCUGCAUUGUCAAUCCCAAUCACCCCAACAAAUAUAUCAUCGAAAGAAUAUGAACUUAUUACAACAAUGCAAUCAACCGAAUUUGUAUCUGAAGUUAUUGAUCGUGCCACAUUUUCAGAAGCGCCAAGACCACAAAAUUUGACUUUUCAGACUAUUUUUGAAUCAUUGCGCAUCAUGUUGGAGUCCAUUGAGGAUGAAACAGACGUAUAUAAUUUUAUUACGACCGUAGAAAACAACUUCAGUGAGCAACUUGCCGACGUUGCUUUCAGGUCAAAUUUUAAUGGCGUCUUGGAAAAGUUGUUACUUGGUAUGCAUAUUAAGAUAGUCAAUUCCACCGAUGUUAUAAAAAUCUCUUUUUCAAAUCGAAAUUUAACUUCAUUGGAUAUAUCUCUUACGAGCCAAAAUGCUAUAGUAGUUGUAUCCGCAUAUAAUAGGGAAAUGAAGAGUUGGCGGAAUUUCAUUGCACGGCAAAAAACAUCCAAGCUAUCAAUAGACAAGGAGAUUUCAUUACUUCCAAUAAAUGGAAGUAUAUUUCAUAUAGCGUCAUAUGAAAAGACGAAUGGAAUUGUACAAAAAACUAAUAGCGCAGUAAACUUUACGAUAAAUCUACAAGGCGAUCACACCGUACUGCAGUAUCUUCAUGAGAAGAAAGUUUUCCUACAAGGGGGAGUAUCCAGAAGUUGUGCAUUGAUCAAUUUACCCACCAAAACUUGGGAAGAUACGAAUUGCAAACACGCUGUUCAGGAGUACGGUCAGAUUACGUGUAGUUGUGAACAUACAACAACGUUUUCUGGCGUUUUGUCUUUCAAUGUUAUCUCAGUUUCGGACGAUGUAUUGGACCUUGUGAUUGCUAUUCAAAUUACCUCAACGCUGUUUCUUUCAACCACACUUGUAUUUUACUUUGUAGCAAGAAAACGUCUGAGGAAAGAACGUAGUUUCACACAAAUCUACUUAACUUUAUCUUUGCUGUUUCUGAAUGUCGUUAUGAUAGUUGCUCAAGUGUCUAACAAAAUUUCAGAAUUGUGUAUUAUCACGACAGCGAUGACACAUUAUUUUCUGAUGACUUCAUUCUGUUGGAUGUUCAACCAUGGCUACAUAUUAUACAUUAAGACUUGUCAUAACCCGCUGGGAUUUAACAUGAACAGAUAUAUACCCCGUUUACACGCAUUGGGAUGGGGACUACCGGGUGUAAUAGCAUCAGUCAGUGCUGCAAUUGCUAUACCAAAUGAAGUUUACGUCGAAAAGUCGGAAAACUAUGAACUCCAGGCUUCAAAAAAUGUAUCUUUUUACAAUUUUCCUAAAUAUAGAACAUGUUGGUUGAGUACGAUUUCCCUGGUAAAUUUAUCCGCAAUUGUACCUGUAUGUCUAAUUAUACUUGCUAACUGCACAAUACUGUUCAAGGUCACUUACGUUGUUUGGAAAUUGUCAAAAUCCAGUGAAAAUUAUCUUCCAAGUUCCGGUUGUCGAAUGACGCCUCAACAAUGGGAUAAUGCUGUUAAAGGUUUCAAGGCCUUUGCCACCCUAUCACCGAUUCUCGGAUGCACGUGGAUAUUCGGCUUUUUGGUAAACAUUCCAGAUGUAGAAGAAGUUUUUGUUGGGUUUUCAAGUUUAUUAAACGGAAUUCAAUGUCUAUCUCUCUUACUAAUUUUUGCUAUUUUAAAUCCGGAUGUUCAACCGACAGCAGUGCGCCGUUAUCGGGAACGAUCCAGAUUAAGACGACAGGCCACAAUGUCACAAUGUGACACGAAGCUCACGAACAUGGGAUCAAGAAGAUUGCAGACAGUGUCUACAACAGUUCGAUAAAAUCAAGAUAUUCUGCACUCACUUCAACCCUUAUUCAUUCAAACUGUCUAGUUCAGUCGAAGUACUAUGUUUUAAAGGUCUGUUUCAACACAUCAUAUUCAUGAAACUCGUCAUUGUUAUACACAGAAUAUAUAUACAGAUUAUAACUUGUCAAGUGAAGUAAAAAUAAUACACCUACAAUAGCAAUGGCUUAAAACUACUGAACAUUGUUCACUAUAUUUGUUUCACUAAAUGCGUUUGAAGAUCUUACGUGGUCCAGAGAGACCCGUGACUAUUUAUAUUCGUCUAGUCUUUUUCAUUUAGCAUUGUGUAUCAAAACAUCCGGUUGCCCGUCUUUGUAAAUAUAUUACCGCAUUACUAAAUAACUAUAUAACCAUAAAUAUUAAUGAAAUCAACUUUGGAUUUUACCUAUGUUAUUAACUCGAUCAUAAAUUUGCUUUAAGUUACCAAAUGUGGACGUUGGCACACCCAGGAUGUAGUGUCAUAACUAGGGAUGGCGGAAUCGAGUCCGGAUUCGAUUACAGAAUCGAUUUUUCGCAUUGAAAUUCUCGAGGUUAAAACUUGGAUUGAAAAGAAGGUGUAAAGUUUUGUGGCAAUUCCUUCACAUAUAUGUAUAAACUGCUUCACUGCUAUGUUGAGUUGCUACGACGACGC